AUGAUAACCCGGUUAAGAUUUUCAGGCUAGAGAUUGAUUAUGAUGCUAGCUCUGAAGAGGAAUUAACUAAAGAAGAAUGGUCUAUGGAGGGAGAUUCAGAUAGUGAUGGUUUAUCAGAAAUGGAGGUUGAAACUAGUAAAAAUUAUAAUAAUAUGUGGCUUGACGAAGAAGAGUAUAAUCAUAGAAACUCUUGGAGCGAUAGGAGGGAAAGUGAAGAGGAAAACAACCAGGGGUUAUCUCCUUUGAAUAAAGUAUAUAUGGUGGAUAAUUUUAAUCCCAUUAAAGAGGAAGAAAGACUACCAACACCUAAAGAAGUUACGGAGGACACAGAAGAAGAAGAUGUCGCUAAUAAUGAAUCAAGUGACAAGGUCCAGAAAGGCUUGAUGGAAUAUGAACAACAAAAGGGAAAAGAAGUAUUAUUGAAUUAUACUUCAAUGAUUCCCAACGACUAUAAAAUAGAGAUUGAAGAAAUAAAACCAGAUCCUGUAAACCAGAUAAAACAGGAAGAAAAAUUAAUAGAUGAGUUUAUCCAAUGUUCCGAGGACGAAGAAAUGAAAACCCCUGAAUCUGAUAAUAUCAAUCAGGUAGACAAAGGAAUUGGUAUUGAAAAAGAUAAACUAGUGGCAAAUAUAAAUGGGCCUGAGUAUAUCCCGGUAAUUCUCUUUAAUAAGAUGACUUCAAGAAGGCAGCAAAAACUAGUUUUUUGCAGACAAGCCCUCCAUUAUGGUACCGAAUUCUUUCUUUAUGACCACCUCACUUUUAAUGAUCAUUUCGCUAUCCAAGAGCUUAAUUUAAGAGAAGCAAUCUAUUGGGCUGACUUUUAUGGUUACCCUUUAAUUGCUAAUGACUCUGCUGAUUUGUUAAGCUGA